AUAAUUUGAAAAAGUAGAAAUAUAUUUCGAAAAAUAUCAUGCGGCCCACAACGCCACGACGGAAUCCAUCACCGCGGCUGGGCAUUAUAGCGUGCCAUAAGGAGGCAGCGCCGCCAGCCGAGCCGAAGAGUUUGUAGGCGCUGGAAUGGUGGCGGCGAGGCGGCGAGGGAGACAGAGGCAUGUGCUGGGCAAGGUGGCUGGGACAACGACGAGGAUCAAAGAAGGAGAAGGCGCGAGCUACUUCGUUUUCAGGUUAGGGAUUUGGCAACGCUCCUCCUCUUCCUAAUUGUUUCGGAUGCUUCUUGAAAAACGGGUUUGUAACCCUCUUAAAGCUUCUUAGUAGCAAGAAUCGAAGCUUCUCCACCACGCUUGGGAGCUAUUGUUGUAGUUGUUGUGUGGAGGCAUCACUUCCGCAUGCAGCUCCGGAGAAAAAACAACCCGGAGCAAUUAUCGUCCGUAAUGCAUUGGUAAAUUUGAAUACCGACUGAUCUAUGGCAAUAAAGGCCAAAAAUUGGGAUUUGUUUCCCCUAUUUCGAUUUGGUCGAGCAAGAACCCUAUUUCCCCCUUCUCCCUCGCGAAUCCUCUCCCCCUGGUGUCGCGGUGGUUCCCAGCCGCAGCUGCAGCAUUGGCCCGCAGCUGCAGCAUUGGUUCUUCCCAGCCAAGGUUGAGGUGCUUCUUUCGGUCCUGGUGUUCAGGUGGUUGAGCGCACCCCAUUGACGGUGUGAGGACGUUGGGUUGGUAACCGUUCGAGGUGCGUUGAGGGAUUUUCGCAACGGUUGGUGCUGCGGUUGAGGGAAUGUUGGUGGACGGUGAUUGAUGCACUUUUUGCCGCUGCCGUGGUGGAGGGAGGCUGUUGACGCUGCCGUGGUGCGUUUAGGGAUUUAUGCAAGUUGGUGGAGUUGCUUGAAUUAUUUCUUUUUGCUUCCGCUGGAUUUUGAUUCAAUUUAAAAGGUAGUAAUUAAUCUCAGUUUGUGCUGCUUUCUUUUUGUGGCCAAUAUUGUCAUACACUUGGAAUUAUUGUGUUUUAGUUGUAAGAUUUGUCAGAAAGAUAGCAUGUGCUUGACGACAUUUUUCCUUACUCUGUUCUUUGGUCUUUGAUGAACUUGGUUUACAUGUAUUGAUAUAGUGUUCAUUCAUGUUGUUAAUUAUUAAUUGCAUGCAACAUAAGGAUGAUUAUAUAUAAAGUGUUUCUUAUUUAUGCAUUAGGAUGAGAUUAAAUAUGAAUGAUAGUUGGUAACAAGAAACCUUGAUUUGUCUCCUAAUUUAAAAACAGACACGUAAAUCAACCAUGAAACACCAAAGAAUUUUUCCCUGUUGAUUUUUGACAAGACAAGAAUGUAGAAACACGUUCAAGGAAGCCUGUCUUCCUUCCUCCCUACAGGAUGUAGAGGUCAUGUCUCAAAACUACAAACAAUACGUGUCCCAUUAAAUUACAUUUUCUCUUACUUCCAAGUAGGUCCCACAUGAAACCACUCACUUCUUGUGAAACUCUCUUUCUCUCAUCCCUUUUACCACUUUUUACAUAACCAAACUCUCUUCCUUCCCUCUUUCUCUUUUAUUUUCCAUGCAUUUACGCAAAACUCUACUUCACCCACCUUUUCCAACUAUUACCGUGGCCCCCACUCCCAAUAUCUACCACUUUCACUCUCUUUUCAAAUGCUAAAAACUACACACUUCAUUCCAUGCACCAACACCAUUUACGUAACCACCUCUCCUCACACUUCCACUUUCUUUUCUUUUGACUUUUCAACCACACCUUACUUCUACCUUUUUAAAUUUCAUUUCAUUCUUCUCUCUCUUUUCCUCAUUUAAAACACGUGACUCUCACAUCAUUUACGUAACACACUUCCUCCCCCACACACUUCACUUUCUCUUUCUUUUUUCUUCAAAUAUUAUUUUAUUCUUUUUACUCACACCCCACACUACCCUCCUUCUUCCUUUCAUGUAAACCACCCCAUGCACUCACUUCAUUCUAUCUAUUUUUUUUUUCACUCCUUAUUCCCUUCACAUUUAACGUCACACACAUGCACCCUUUUCUUGCUCCCCCCUUUUUUUUAUAACUCCUUCCCACCAUUCCUUCAUUUUUUUUCUUUGCUUUCAAAGGCCAUCCCAAGCUUCUUCCUUCACGGUUUUUGGUCCUCUUCCAGCACCUUUCUUUUUCUUUGCCACUUCUACAUAAACCAAGCCAUGCCCAUCUCCAUCUUCAACUUCUAUUCUUCUUCCAUCAUGUUCUUCUUCUACCCAAGACAUCAAACUUUCAUUCUUCUUCACUGUUUUUCAUCAAACACAUGUACCCCAACUCACCAAACAUCUCUUUCACUCCUCUCAUUCUCAUAAUUCAUUCUUUCCUCUUCCAACAAUGGAAGAGAAUUCUCAAUACCCUCUUAUCCACACUCUUGGUUAAAGAGUGUAGAUAAGUGCUCCCAACAAUAUAUAAUUCUUGCAAGGUAAUAAGAACCAAGAUAUACAAAAUAUACAUGAGACUAAGCACACACACCCUCCCAUGCACACUCACAUCAACGACUAGACUAGUCUCAGUAUACAUCCAAGAAUGACUAAGAUGUAUAAAGACCUAAAAGAAUCUUUUUGGUGGAGCGGAAUGAAGAAGGAUGUUGCAGAGUUCGUAGCUUCCUGUUUGGUAUGUCAGAAGGCGAAGAUCGAACAUCAAAGACCAGGUGGAAUGUUACAGCUGCUGAAUAUUCCCCAGUGAAAGUGGGACAACAUCUCGAUGGACUUCGUAACUCACUUACCGAGGUCAUCGAGGGGUCACGACUCCAUAUGGGUGAUAGUUGAUCGAUUGACGAAGAGCGCCCACUUUAUAUCCAUCAAUCAGAAGAUGUCAAUGGAGAAGUUAGUAGAGUUGUACAUAAGAGAAAUUGUAAGAUUGCAUGGUGUACCAGAUAACAUUGUAUCGGAUCGGGAUCCAAGGUUUACCUCGAGGUUCUGGCAACAGUUGCAGGAUGCUUUGGGUUCUCGGUUAAGGAUGAGUUCAGCAUAUCACCCUCAAACAGAUGGACAGACUGAAAGAACUAUUCAGUCAUUAGAGGACUUGUUGAGGACUUGUGUUUUGGACCAUCUUGGAGGUUGGAGUGAGAUCUUACCAUUAGUGGAGUUCACAUAUAACAACAACUAUCAUUAUAGCAUUGGGAUGACGCCUUUCGAAGCUUUGUAUGGGCGAAGAUGUCGAACUCCUCUUUGUUGGUUUCAAGAUGGGGAAGCAAUAUCAGUAGGUCCUGAGUUGUUGCAACAAACUACUGAAAAGGUGAAGUUGAUUCAAGAAAGAAUGAAAGCAACACAGAGUAGGCAGAAGUCGUACGCUGAUCGGAGAAGGAGACCGCUUGAGUUCAAUGAAGGUGAUCAUGUGUUUCUACGCGUGACACCAAUGGCAGGUGUGGGUAGGGCUAUCAAGGCGAGGAAGUUGUCUCCUAAGUUUUUUGGUCCUUAUGAUAUUCUUAGGCGGAUUGGACCCGUAGCGUAUGAGAUAGCGUUACCACCGCAGUUGGCAAACCUGCAUAACGUGUUUCACGUGUCUCAACUGAGGAAAUACAUUCCAGAUCCUACACAUGUGCUAGAGGUUGAUGAUAUACAAGUUGAUGAAGAUCUUACAAUCAAAGCUGGGCCAAUCAGGGUGUUGGAGGUGCAGACGAAAAAUCUAAGGGGAAAGGAAAUUCGCACGGUGAAGGUGUUGUGGAACGAGGAAACCCAAGAGAUGACUUGGGAGCUUGAAGAGUUUAUGAGAAAUGAAUACCCAUUUCUGUUUGCGUAGUAGCCUUAAUUUUCGAGGACGAAAACUUUUGGAGUAGGGGAGAAUGUAAGACCCGUAUAAAUAAAAUGAUUUCUUACCUUAAGUAUUUUAUUUUGUGGUAUUAUAUAAUAAAUUGUGAUGAAAAACAAUGUUGAGAAAUAUUUAAGGAAGGGAAGAAAAUUAAAUUAAUAUUGGUUUCAUAGUAAAUUUCGAAAAAAGUUGAAAGAGUAUUUAAGUAUAAUUGUUUGCGCUAUUAUAUCAGCGGAUGGAGCCUGGUCUAGUGGUUGAUGUGAGUGUGCAUGGGACGGUGUGUGUGCUUGGUCUCAAGUUCAAGCCCUCCUAAAGACCAAAAAGGCUCCUAGCUCUUUUUAAUUUCCACCUUGACAUGUGGGUCCCACUAUGAGUUAAGAAAGAUAGAAAUUGAAGUGUUAAGAUGAGCGUGGAAGUGGCUCCCAAAGCCUUGUUUCACUUUGCUUUUCAUGCAUUAAAUGAUGAAAGAGAAGGGUGAAUGUUAUAUUAUUUUAUUGAUGUUGAGGGAAGCACUUUAGGUUAAUGCUUCCAUUAUUUGAUUCCAAGAGGGAACUUUUAUUCCCAUUAAUCCCUCAUUCACGUGAAAUGUUACAUGAGUGCUUGAGUCAUUGCCUUUUUUUUUCCACUUUGCUUGAGUGGGCACAUGUUUUCUGGGCACAUGUUUUCCAAACUUAGGAAGCUUGUAAGUGACCUUGGGGAGGUUAAAACUUGGAGAAUGGAAAAGAGAUUUUGGAGAGCAACCAAGUUGGUGAGAGAAAGGAAGAGUCACCUUAGCCUUGGAGUUUUUGGACGUCACUUGUAGGAGACCAAGAGGAGUGGAAGCUUGUUGUCUAGUGAAGAAAGAAACCUAAGAACCUUUGGAAGCUAGCUUGGAAUUGAGGUAAGGGGUUUAACUUGCGAUAUAACAUAGUGUAUGAUGGGUAGAAGGUAACAAUAUAAUGUUGUUGCAUGCUUUCUUUCUUGUGUGUUGGGAUUAAAGUUAACAUGUUGAGGCAUGUACUCUUCUUUUGGGUUUAAGUUUCAUGUGUUGUUGCAUGGAGAAUGGGUAUUCACAUGUUCAUUUUCGUUUUUCUACUAUAUGGGGUAGUUAAUGGAUUAUACAUGUUUAUAUUUUAUGAAAAAGUGGUGUUGUUGUAAUGGGUAUACAUGUUGGAUGUAUUGGGGUGUUGUUUGUGUAUGAAAAAGUGUCAUGGGUACACUUUAAACUCAUGUAUAUUUUGUAUAUCUUGGUUCUUAUUACCUUACAAGAAUUAUAUAUUGUUGGGAGCACUUAUCUACACUCUUUAACCAAGAGUGUGGAUAAGAGGGUAUUGAGAAUUCUCUUCCAUUGUUGGAAGAGAAAAGAAUGAAUUAUGAGAAUGAGAGGAGUGAAAGAGAUGUUUGGUGAGUUGGGGUACAUGUGUUUGAUGAAAAACAGUGAAGAAGAAUGAAAGUUUGAUGUCUUGGGUAGAAGAAGAACAUGAUGGAAGAAGAAUAGAAGUUGAAGAUGGAGAUGGGCAUGGCUUGGUUUAUGUAGAAGUGGCAAAGAAAAAGAAAGGUGCUGGAAGAGGACCAAAAACCGUGAAGGAAGAAGCUUGGGAUGACCUUUGAAAGCAAAGAAAAAAAAUGAAGGAAUGGUGGGAAGGAGUUAUAAAAAAAAGGGGGGGAGCAAGAAAAGGGUGCAUGUGUGUGACGUUAAAUGUGAAGGGAAUAAGGAGUGAAAAAAAAAUAGAUAGAAUGAAGUGAGUGCAUGGGGUGGUUUACAUGAAAGGAAGAAGGAGGGUAGUGUGGGGUGUGAGUAAAAAGAAUAAAAUAAUAUUUGAAGAAAAAAGAAAGAGAAAGUGAAGUGUGUUGGGGAGGAAGUGUGUUACGUAAAUGAUGUGAGAGUCACGUGUUUUAAAUGAGGAAAAGAGAGAGAAGAAUGAAAUGAAAUUUAAAAAGGUAGAAGUAAGGUGUGGUUGAAAAGUCAAAAGAAAAGAAAGUGGAAGUGUGAGGAGAGGUGGUUACGUAAAUGGUGUUGGUGCAUGGAAUGAAGUGUGUAGUUUUUAGCAUUUGAAAAGAGAGUGAAAGUGGUAGAUAUUGGGAGUGGGGGCCACGGUAAUAGUUGGAAAAGGUGGGUGAAGUAGAGUUUUGCGUAAAUGCAUGGAAAAUAAAAGAGAAAGAGGGAAGGAAGAGAGUUUGGUUAUGUAAAAAGUGGUAAAAGGGAAGAGAGAAAGAGAGUUUCAUAAGAAGUGAGUGAUUUCAUGUGGGACCUACUUGGAAGUAAGAGAAAAUGUAAUUUAAUGGUUUUGGGGUUCACUUGAAAAUGUAGAUAUAGAAGGGAGUGUGUUUAGAAAAAAAAAAAGGGUGUAUUAGAAUUAUGUUUUUCUUUGAUGUUGGGUAUUAAUUAAAAAGUGGGGGUGCACUAGAAAUGUUGUUUUAGUUGAUGGAAGUGUGAAAUUAGUAAUUUCAGAGGGGUGCGGCUGUAGGACAAAUAAUUAAAUUAAGUUAUUUAAUUAUUUGUUAGUCAAUGAAUUUAGUUGACUUUAUAUAUGAUGGUGAUGGUUGUGAUGGUAAAAUUGUGAGAGCAAACGUUCUGUCAUUUUCUUAGAAUUUUUUUCAAAUCGAUGGUGUUCGUAUUGCGAUACGAUAGUGUGUUGAGUCUCUGCGGAGACUGAGGUUCGAGUGUCACCCUUUCCUCGUGCGCGGGGGACUAGAGAGGGUUGAAUAUCUCGCCCAAUGACUUCGGCUCGUGUGAGUAUAGUGCUUGGUGGGUGCGCCUAACCGAUGUUUUUACUCGUAAUUCCUUGAGGAGUCGGGGAGAUAGGUCUGAAGUUGCGAUGAAAGACGACUCGAAUCGUCCUGUUUUGCGAAACAGGUUUGGUACGACAAAAUUCAAGGAAACAACAGAAGCUCGUGUAAAUGAUUGAGUCGUGAGUUUAAUACUGUGAUGUAUUGUAAUAUUGUGACUUUGAUAGUCUGAGUGAUGAUGAUCUAAGUUAUGAGUUGAAUAUUAUGUUGUAUUGUAAGGUUGUGACUAGGAUAAUCUAAAGUUAUGAUAUUUUGAUAUUGAAAUUAUAUGCUAUGUUAGGUUCUUCUUUACUCACCCUUUCCU